AUGGGUAAACCACGAGGUCUUCGUACAGCACGUAAACUAAAGGAUCAUCGUCGUGAACAAAAAUGGCACGACAAAGAUUAUAAAAAAUCCCAUUUGGGUACUCGAUGGAAAUCUAAUCCAUUUGGUGGUGCCUCACACGCCAAAGGAAUUGUUUUAGAAAAAGUAGGAGUUGAGGCUAAACAGCCAAAUUCAGCCAUUCGAAAAUGUGUUCGAGUUCAAUUAAUUAAAAAUGGCAAGAAAAUAACAGCAUUCGUCCCUCGAGAUGGUUGCCUAAACUAUAUUGAAGAAAAUGAUGAAGUGUUAAUAGCCGGUUUUGGUCGUAAAGGACAUGCCGUCGGAGAUAUUCCUGGUGUUCGAUUCAAAGUUGUUAAAGUAGCCAAUGUAUCAUUAUGGGCAUUAUAUAAAGAAAAGAAAGAACGUCCACGAUCGUAG